UUAUAGCCAGCAACAAACAACAAUACAGCUCUGUAAUGCAGAGGAACUGGGAUAAGUAAUGCACAGUGGAACGCUUGCCAAGCCUAUUAGCCAAACAUUCUGUCUUCCUUCAGAAGUAGCAUAUGUUGGCAAGGGCAGCGCACAUAUGUACAAUGAAAGGCUUUUGAAAGCAAGAGGCCCGGGUGAAGUGCAUUAUAGAGUAACUGAAAACAUAUGCACCAGGUGUAUACAGUGGGCAGGAUACACGUUUGAUGUGGGCAGGCAAAGGUCCACGGAUCAUUGCGCAUGCGUCGUGUAAUUCCUGCGCAUGCGCUGCAGACUGCAGAUCGACGCGACGCUUUCUGCAGAAGAACGGUGAAGAGAGACCAGGGAAUGAGCACAGUUAGCAGCCUGGAGGAAGGGCUCACAAAGCCCAAGGGAGCCGUACUAUUUACCGGUCCUGACGGAGUAGGCAACCACAGAACAACGGUCGCAGAUCCUCGUUACGUGGGGCACGGAUUCACGUCUCCAGAAUCUUCCAGCGACACGCAAUACCUCUACAGAUCAGCUCCGACAUGUCCCCACCCCGCACCCAAGUCAGCCAGAGUGGGAGAGGUGGGCUGGGGUGUGCCUAAACUCACCCACAGCAACGACAAAGUAUUGAAAUCCGGCCACCAGAUACAGUUGAAGGAGUUUCGACAGGCUGUUGAAGACCGACACACCCACCUUUAUCAGAACCCUUAUUACCCUCCGCCCCCUCCCUCCUCCACUGUUGCCACGGAGACUACAUCAUCAAGGCCAAGGGCCGUCGAAGGACUGGAAGCAGACAGCAAGAAGUCUGUUACAGAGACCAGUGCCCAUUCAGGGAGCACCGGCACUGUCGAGAAAGAACAGCAAGGGUGAAAAAACCAAAAGCGAGGAAGAACAGUCAAACAUGGCGUCAUUGUAUUGCCAUUCACAAUAAUUAUUAUAUGACAUAAUGACAGCCGGUGUUGCGGUACACGUGCAGCUGCCAGACCCUAUUUAAAGCCCACCACUAAUUAAUACACAUGAUGUACUGUACUCUUGGCAAUACAGUCUCUAGCGGCUAAUAAUUUGACAAGUGUCAAGACUCGAAAUCGAGGGCGAGGCCGAAUUUGUGGCCCCCGGCUUGGACGUUUCUUCCCUCCAACAUUCCGGAGAGUGUCAGCUUUACUCCGGAGCGGAGGUCCUGUGCAUAGCUCACACCGAUCUGGCCCUGGUUGUUCACCUUGGUCUUCAUGACUGCGCCGUCGUCCAUGACGUACUUUCCGGCCAGCCCGAGUGAGACGUUGCUUGUCUGCCAGUUGUACGUCGUCAGGAGACCCACCUCCGUCUUAUCGCUGACCUGGGGAAGAAAGACAGAAAUUUUUUCGGGGGGAGACACAUGGAAAUGUUUUCGGCUGAUUGGUAAUCCUAGGAUAUGCCACCAACAGGUCAGAAGCAAGAUUUUGUAUUAGUGAGCUGUCCUUAUUGCAUGCAAAAACUGUUCGUGAGGAAGAAACGGUGUCCUUAUUGGAUAAGUGCCAUUCCUCUUUAUUUUAGCAUAAUAAUGUACUGCGAUCAUCAUUCAACGACAGAUAGUUUUUUGGAUGAAGGAAAUAUAGCUACAUACAGACCUUGUGGUGAACUGAGGUAGUGCAGUCUGCUGCAUUCAUUCUGUGCAGGGUAGAGACGAGAGAGAAUGGUAAACCCC